GAAGCCUUCAAUUUCCAUCUCUCUACGCGCAUUGGUGUUCGUUACACACAUUGGCGGGACGGAGACGAAGACGAAGACGGAGAAGGAGGAGAUGUCUUCGAUUUGAUUGAACCGACGAGAUCAUCCGGGAAUUAUGGCAACCAAAGGGAAUCCAGGAGACAACAGAACUAGGACUUCUGUGUAUGUCUUUAUUGUUGCUGGGCUAUGCUGUUUCUUUUACCUUUUGGGUGCAUGGCAGAGAAGUGGUUUCGGUAAAGGAGACAGCAUUGCUUUGGAGAUAACUAAAAAAGCGGACUGCAGUAUCCUCUCUAAUCUUAAUAUAGAGACUCAGCAUAAUGAAGCAGGGACUGUUGAUGAUCCAAAGUCAGGAAUCAAGGUUUUUGAGCCAUGCGAUGAUCGUUACAUUGAUUACACUCCCUGCCAAGAUCAAAUGCGAGCAAUGACUUUCCCUCGAGAAAAUAUGAACUACAGGGAGAGGCAUUGUCCUCAGGAGGCAGAGAAACUGCACUGUCUUAUUCCUGCACCAAAAGGGUAUGUAACCCCAUUUCCUUGGCCCAAGAGUCGUGACUAUGUCCCAUAUGCAAAUGCGCCGUACAAGAGCUUGACGGUUGAGAAGGCAGUUCAGAAUUGGAUCCAGUACGAAGGUAGUGUGUUUAGAUUCCCAGGUGGUGGAACACAGUUUCCUCAUGGGGCUGAUGCAUAUAUUGAUCAACUUGCUUCAGUGAUCCCAAUAAACAAUGGAAUGGUUAGAACUGCUCUGGAUACUGGUUGUGGGGUUGCAAGUUGGGGUGCAUACCUGUUAAAAAGAAAUGUUAUAGCUAUGUCGUUUGCACCAAGAGACUCACAUGAAGCACAAGUUCAGUUUGCUUUAGAAAGAGGGGUGCCUGCAGUUAUAGGUGUUCUUGGAACAAUACAGCUACCAUACCCAUCAAGAGCAUUCGACAUGGCUCACUGUUCUCGUUGCCUGAUUCCAUGGGGUGUAAAUGAUGGGAUAUACAUGAUGGAAGUUGAUCGAGUUCUUAGACCUGGUGGAUACUGGGUACUGUCAGGUCCUCCCAUUAAUUGGAGGACUAAUUAUCAAGCAUGGCAGCGUCCAAAAGAGGAACUUGAAGACGAACAGAGGAAGAUUGAAGAGAUUGCCAAACUUCUUUGCUGGGAAAAGAAGCAUGAGAAGGGCGAAAUUGCCAUCUGGAGGAAAAAAGUAAAUAAGGAGUAUUGCCCUGGGCGAGAUUCUCAUGUCAAAAUGUGUGAAUCUAAAAAUUCAAAUGACGUCUGGUACAAGAGGAUGCAGAAAUGCGUAACUCCUUAUCCAGAGACUAGUAAUCCAGAUGAAGUUGCUGGUGGUGAAUUGAAACCAUUCCCAGAUCGACUUGAAGAUACUCCUCCCAGCAUAGCCAAGCUGUCAGUUCCUGGAGUCUCUGUUGAGUCAUUCCAAGAUGAUAACAAAUUAUGGAAGAAACAUCUGAAAGCUUAUAAGAGGAUCAAUAAGAUCAUUGACUCUGGAAGAUACCGCAAUAUUAUGGAUAUGAAUGCUGGCUUAGGAAGUUUUGCCGCAGCUAUUGAAUCUCCUAAAUUAUGGGUUAUGAAUGUCAUGCCAACCAUAGCAGAGAGAGACACACUUGGUGUUAUAUUUGAACGGGGCUUGAUCGGCAUAUAUCAUGAUUGGUGUGAAGCCUUCUCCACAUAUCCAAGAACAUAUGACCUCAUUCAUGCGAAUGGUGUUUUUAGCUUAUACAAGGACAAGUGCAACGCGGAGGACAUUCUUCUAGAAAUGGACAGGAUCCUACGACCUGAAGGUGCAGUCAUAUUUCGCGACCAAGUGGAUGUUCUUGUCGAGGUGAAAAGAAUCGUGUUGGGUAUGAGGUGGAACACCAAGAUGGUGGAUCAUGAGGAUGGACCUCUUGUCCCUGAGAAGGUAUUGUUUGCUGUUAAGCAGUACUGGGUUGCUGGAGAUAGCAACUCCACAUCCUUGCAGUGAAUGGAGAAGCAAAGGAAGA